UGAAUAUAUGUAAAUUUCUAAUUUUGCCCAUUAAGAAAAAAGGUUGGACAACCCUGUUCUAGCCUCCAAAAUUUUGAUCUGCUCAGUGUGAAAGGUGCAUUUAAUGAGGCUGGUCUGUUGUAGUUUAGCUUCCACACCAGUUUCAGUAGCAUAUAUUGCUAGGUUAUUGGUUUAAUUAUAAAGGUUUAUUGGUGUUAUUUACUAUAUAACCAGCUGUGAGAAGAUUUAAAAUAUUUAAGUGCCAGAUACUGAUAAGAUACCAGACUAAGUGGAGAAUUCAAGUAAAGCAUUGUCAUUGGAAAAUUACAGAUGGAAGAAAGAUUCUUAUUAAGAUUCCGAAAAGCUUGGAAUCAUCUAUUAUCAAUUUGGGAUCAGAUAGGUAUACAUGGAGAACAGAGAGAAGAGAGGACAAAUGUUGUAAUGUGUCAUUUAGAGACACUUCUAGAAGAAAUGGUAGAAGAAGAAGAAGGUCUCAGAAAAAGAUUACUUCAGAGUGUAGAAAGUUGUGGUCAAGAGAUGCUAAAACUUUCUACCGAAUUAAAUAUACCACUAUUUGAGCCUGAAGAAAAUCUUUCAAUUUUGAAAUUGGAAAGUGAAUUGCGAAAUCGUGUAGAAGUAUUAUCCAAAGAACGACACGAACGGAUUAAAUCUUUGAAACGUCUAAAAGAGCAAGAACAAAAGCUAUGUCAAAAAUUAUGUAUUGCUGAACAUGUCUUACCACAAGGAAUUCCAAGUAAAGAGCAUCUCUGUGAAUUGGAACAGCAUAUUAAGAUGCUUAAAGAAGAGAAGGAAAGUCGACAACAUAAAUUUUCUAUUCUCAAACAAAAUAUAAUUAAAUUGAUGGAAAGAAUGGAACACAAUCCAGAAACAUCUCUUGAAAGAGAUUUAGUAUGUGAGGAUGAAGAAGAGUUUUUAUUGUCAAAAGAGAAUCUUUUAGCAAUGGAAGCAUUACAAGAAAAUUUACAAAAAGAAUGUGAAGAAACUGAACAAAUAUGUAAUGAACUUUAUGCUAGACUUCGGACAUUGUGGGACAGAGUAAAUGCUUCAGAAAUAGAACGCAAAUUAUUUAUCAGUAAUUAUCCUAAUCCAUGUCCAUCGGCUGCUAAAUUGUUGAAAGAAGAAAUUGGAAAAUAUGAAGAACUCAAGCGUAAAAAUAUUCAGAAGUUUGUUGAAAAAAUGAGAGAUGAAUUAAUUGAAUGGUGGGAUAAGUGCUAUAUCAGUGAAGAAGAAAGAACAGCUUUUACACCAUUUUAUGAUAGUGAUUAUACAGAAAAUCUUUUAGAUCAGCAUGAUGCUGAAAUAGAAAAAAUGAAACAAAUUUAUGAAAAAUAUCAAGAACUUUUCACAAAAGUUAGUAAAAGGCAACAGUUGUGGAAUAGAAUGUUGGAAUUUGAAAAAAAAGCAAGUGAUCCAAACAGAUUCAAUAAUCGUGGUGGUGCAUUAUUACAAGAAGAAAAAGAAAGGAAAAAAUUAUUAAAACAACUACCUAUGCUUGAGAAAGAAUUGAUGACUCAUAUUGCUGAGUGGGAGAAAAAAGAAGGUCAAGAAUUUCGUGUUUUUGGACGAAAUUUUAGUAAUUUCAUAACAGAGCAAUGGGAGCAACAUCAACUGGAAAAAGAAAAAGAAAAAUUGGAGAGACAUCGUCAAAAAGCUAAAUUGCUGGAAGAAGAAAUUGCCUGUGGUAGCCGACCGACUCCAGUUAAGAGGCGGAUGGGAACUACUCCAAACAAAACACCAAAUAAAUGUCGUCGUUUAGGAGGUCAGAACGGUACUCCAAGUUAUCUGAAUAGUAUUCAGGCUAUUCCUAUAUCAUCUAUGGUUGCUUAUUCACCAGUAUCUGCAACUCCUAAGAGACGUUCACCGCGACUUCUCUGUAGUCAUAAGAAGACACCAAUCAAAUCAACUCCAGGAAAAACUGGGACAAUAAAACGAGAAGUACUUGUUGAAAGAAAUGAAAAUAUAAAUUUAGGAAAUAGAAAAGGUACACCAAGUAUAAGUCCAGCUCCAUCAUUAGUUAGUGUAGCAUCAUAUUCAGACUUCACUAAUGAUCUGAACCAAACUACCCGAAUUAAAUGUCGCAGUUCAAUGGUUUCGCCGUCCUCUCAACUUAAGAGAGUCGGAGGUAGGAAGCUAUCACCACAGAACCAGUCAAUCAGAAGUCCUUAUCGAAAGUCUCCCAAAAAACUUGCACCAGCAAGAGGUAAACUGGGAUUGCCUUUCCUCAUUUGAAGAUUUUCAAAAUAUCAAGCAGCAAGCAAACAAUUACCAUUCAAAUAGAAAUUUUCUGUAAUAAUUAUUUAGAUACCUUGGUGCUUUCAUAGCUUAAUUUAGUGACUUUGUGUGUUUAUAAAUUUAAUUUGUGUAUAUAGAACAUUUUAAAAUGUAUGGGAAAACAUAAAUUUAAUGUAUGUGAAUUAAAUUUUUUUUAUGUGAAAUAAUUGUUGUAGAAUUUUUAAUGUUUAUAAAUUUUAAGCACUAAUCUUAUUUGUUUUUUAAGACAGACAAUGCAGGUUUGCUAUUAAAAACAAAAAUUAAUAUAAUUAUAUAAUGUUUUUUCUCAACAAUAAAUUUCAACUUUUUGCACAUAUGGAAAAAUCCUGUCUUUAAAACUUUCAUAUUUUUUCAUAGAUUUGUAUAAGUGCUAUCUAUAACAGUAACUUUUGUAUAUUUGUCAUUGACAGUCUAUAUAUAAAAUUAAAGUUGAGAUAAUUUUGA